CCUUUCAUCUGCGUCAAUGAGUUCUCGAGUUGGGAGAGAUUACGCAGGGUAGUCGCAUAUGUUCAUCGCUUCGUCACUAACUGUCGUCAGACCCGCUCUGGAAACUCGACGACCACCGGGCCGCUUUCUGCGCACGAACUCAUAACCGCCGAGUGUACGCUUAUUCGUCUCGCUCAGUUCGAAUGCUUUCCCGACGAAGUCUCGGUUCUUAAAAUGCCAUCCUCAAGCGAAGACGCACCCACGAGAACCGUCCCCAAGACCAGUAAUUUGUUUCAACUGACACCAUGGCUGGACAGCAAUGGGAUCAUGCGAAUGCGAAGCCGCAUCGCGGCAUGUCACUACGCCACCGAGGAUGCCAAACAGCCCAUAAUACUCGCCCAAAAGCACCACACCACCAGCCUGAUCGUCAGACAUUAUCACUGCAAAUACCAUCACCUUAACCACGAAACGGUGAUCAAUGAGAUCAGGCAGAAAUAUCAAAUUCCGCGCUUGCGCGUCUGUUACCAACAAGUUCGUAAAGCCUGCCAGACGUGUAAGAACAACCACGCAGCACCAACUCCACCGUACAUGGCCGACCUUCCACCCGCCCGCCUUGAAGCUUUUUCACGGCCAUUCACCCACACCGGGGUCGAUUACUUCGGUCCAAUCGAAGUCACCAUCGGAAGAAGAGUCGAGAAGCGCUGGGGGAUGUUAGCCACAUGUCUGACCGUCCGAGCGAUCCAUUUAGAGGUCGUACAUUCCCUUAGCGCGAGCUCGUGCAUCAUGGCGCUCCGAAACUUCAUGGCACGUCGUGGCACACCUCGGAAGAUCUACAGCGAUCGUGGAACGAACUUCGUGGGAGCAAAUCGAGAGCUACUGCAGCUAUACGAAGCAGUUAACCAGCACGCGCUCAUGACGGAGUUUGCCGAUUCAGGAGUUGAAUGGGUCUUCAAUCCACCUCUCUCACCGCACAUGGGCGGUAGCUGGGAAAGGCUAAUCCGCACCGUAAAGAACAACCUCACAGCAGUGUGUUCGUCGGCAAGGCAGUCCGACGAGGUAUUGAGAAACUUACUCACAGAAGUAGAAAAUAUCGUAAAUUCGAGGCCACUAUCCCACGUACCGAUAGACGAGGACUCGGCCCCAGCGCUGACACCAAACCACUUCCUUCUCGGAUCGUCGAACGGAUGCAAACCGCUUACCAACUUGGACUACAGCGGAGCAGCACUUCGUCAGAACUGGCUGACGUCCCAGGUUCUGGCAAACCUUUACUGGCGGCGGUGGGUGUCAGACUACCUACCGGAAAUCACCCGCAGAACCAAGUGGUUUGAACGACCCAAGCCCAUAUCCAUUGGAGAUGUAGUGGUCAUUGCCGACCCAAAUAUGCCCCGCAACUGUUGGCCGAAGGGGAAAAUAAUCGGUACCAGAGUCAGUGUAGAUGGCCAGGUUCGAUCAGCUACUGUGAGGACAACAAGAGGUAUCUACGAGCGCCCAGCGACAAAAUUGGCAGUCCUAGAUGUCCAACGCGUCGAUAAGUAAGCCAACCGGAAGUUUGCGUACCGUGGGGGAGUGUUGGCCUACCCCAUUAGGCCAGCGCGCACAUCUAUAGACACGGUAUCUACACUGUUCGUUACCACACGAGCGCUGCGAUGGAUGACAUGGGAGUGACAGGUAUACGACCUGUCACCGGGUGAGUCUACGAAGAGAUGACAAAAACGAACUGUGUUAUGCAGAUGUGUAGUGAUAAAUAUCUCCCUAAAAUUAGCUUAUUUCUAUUAUGCCCCUUGAAUUAGAACCUAAAAUAAGUGAAUUUUAAAUACUAUUUUCCCCAUCCAUAAUUUCAACGCUGAAUUGGUAAGAUUAGUUCCGUUAAAAGUGCUUUACAUCAGUUCUAAUAUUGACUUGUAUUAGGUAACCUAAAUCACACAACAUCUCCCUCCCAUUGAAUUUCGCCCAGAGCAACCAAAUCACUAUCGAUCCCGAUCUGUAACAAAACUCGUCUAGAUCACGACACAUAAGGGAACUAAACGUAAGUAAAAAUGAUAAUCAAUUUAAUUCACUGUUACCAUAUAUUGGACUGCCUGUAUGUUGCUAGACAGGGGUUCACAAAUCAAUCUUCACGUAGCAUUUGUUCAAUAUUGUUAGUUAUUCCUAAAAUCGAAUGAUUGUAAUUCUAAGAUGAUCCGUAUUUCCCUUUAGGAAAAUUAUAUUCUCUACGUUAUUACCACAAACCGGAUCGCGUGUUCUUAUUUCACUUCCGGUGGAGAAUCAUAAUUCCGGAAAAUCCCUCACGUUGGA